AUGAGAUUGUCUCUUGUUUCUUCAGCUUUUUUUGCAGCUGCUGCUUUGGCAGAAACCCAUGUUUUCAACUGGACUACCGGUUGGGUCAAUGCAAAUCCCGACGGAACUUAUGAAAGACCAGUUAUUUCUUGUAACGGUGAAUUCCCAUGGCCUGACAUCAGGGUCAACAAGGGUGAUCGUGUCGAGCUGUACCUGACGAACGGAUUCACGGAUGCUAAUACCACAUUGCAUUUCCACGGUCUGUUCCAAGAACACAGCACCCAAAUGGACGGUCCUCCUUUGCUCACUCAGUGUCCUAUUGCUCCUGGUGACACCAUGUUGUACAACUUUACUGUUCCUGAUCAAGUCGGUUCUUUCUGGUACCACUCCCAUACUUCUGGUCAAUAUAUGGACGGUAUGAGAGGUACUUUUGUGAUUGAGGACCCUGAUCCUCCAUACGAAUGGGAUGAGGAAGUUGUCAUUUCCUUGACUGAAUGGUACCAUGAUGACGUUAAUACUUUGACUUCCAGCUUUUUGAAUGUGUACAACCCAACUGGUGCUGAGCCAAUUCCUCAGAACCUGCUGAUGAACAACACCAGAAACAACACUUGGCACGUCAAACCAGAUACAACCUAUUUGGUGCGUCUGAUUAACAUUGGUGGUUUCGUUUCUCAGUACCUUUACAUGGAGGACCACACCUUCACUAUCAUCGCAGUUGAUGGUGUCUAUGUGGAAAAGAACGAGACCGACGAGAUUUACAUCACCGUGGCCCAGCGUUACGAUGUGUUAAUCCACACCAAGAACGACACGUCUAGAAACUAUGCUUUCAUGCAAAAGUUCGACGAGACCAUGUUGGAUACCACUCCUGAUGACCUGGUUCUUAAUGCUACCAAUUACAUUGUCUAUAACGACAGUGCAGAUUUACCAGACGAGUACACCAUUGACAAUUAUGACACUGCUUACUUUGACGACUUCUACCUUGUUCCUCUGGAUAAGAAAGAAGCUUACGACAGCUAUGAUUAUCAGGUCACUCUGGACGUUGUCAUGGACAACCUUGGAAACGGUGUUAACUAUGCCUUCUUCUCUGGAGUUUCCUAUGUUGCUCCAGUUGUUCCUGCUCUUGCUACCGUCAUGUCUGCUGGUGAAAAUGCUACGGAUGCUACUGUUUACGGAACCAACACCCACUCGAUUGUCCUGCAGAAAGACGAAAUCGUGGAAAUUGUCCUCAACAACCAGGAUACAGGUAAGCAUCCGUUCCACUUGCACGGUCACGUGUUCCAGGUCAUUGAAAGAGGUCCAGACUACAGCGACGAAGCUUCUCCAAUCAGUUACAACGAGUCUGCUCCGUACGAUGUUCCUGAAUAUCCAAUGCAGAGAGACGUCUUGUACGUGCAACCUCAGUCCUACUUUGUGAUCAGAUUCAAGGCUGACAACCCAGGUGUCUGGUUCUUCCAUUGCCAUAUUGAAUGGCACUUGAUCCAAGGUCUUGCCAUGGUGUUCAUUGAGGAUCCUCUUGGAAUCCAAGCCAACGAGACCUUGACUGAUAACUGGAAGCAGGUCUGUGAAAACGUCAACAUGAGCUACGUUGGUAAUGCUGCUGGUAACGACAAGGACUUCUUCGACCUUACUGGUCAAAACGUCCAAGAAAAAGCUCUUCCUGCUGGUUUCACUGCCAGAGGUAUUGUCGCUCUGGUGUUCUCUGCUGUCAGUGGUGUUGUCGGUAUCAUCGUUAUUGGUUGGUACGGAAUGUCCGAUAUCCCUAACCUUGAAAAGAGAGUUCUUGCUGGUCUUAACCCAGACGAGAGAGCUGCUUUCCUGGCUGAGGAUGACAACGAUGAAGCUGAAGACGAACCAGAAGCUACUGAGGAUACCGAGGAAGGAGAAUCAGCUAAGCUUGCUGCUAAAGAAGGAACUACUCAAGUUUCUAACUGA